CCUUUAAAUUGAGAGAGCUUUGAUAUAAUAGGAGUCAUCAGAGAGGAACAGCUAGUUACCAAGGAGACUCCCUGAUGAAUCAGAGAGACGGACUGGUACCAGAGCUACACAUUCUGUAUCAACCUAAUGCAAAGGAGCUCACAUUUUUUACACUGGAUGAGACUGUGUUUCAGGCAUUCACAGAGCAUGGCUUUCUGCUGACAAAUAACACUGUACCUUUAUGUUCUGAAGGUUUGUUUUGACUGUGGAAAAGGUCAGGAAUAGGAGGAAGAAACCUUAUUUCUCUUUGGGAAAAGAGGAGAGAGAGAGAGUGCGAUGAGAGAUUUUCUUGGAUCGAACUUGACUGUAUGAGAACAAAUACAUUCCAAGGGCAAUGACAUUCUAGCUGGAGCAGCGUAAGGUGGAGAAUGAGAUUAUAGAUGUUUAACGUGGAUAUCAACAAUAUGAUGCGGAGCCCAGUCAGGGUGUGAAGCAAUUCCCUUUUUGUUUGCUGCAGUAUAUGGGAUUUUGUUUAAGUCACGGAUCUCCUGAACAUCUGAUUUCCCUAUGGAUCUCUGGACUAGGUCUCAAUGGGUCAACCUCAUUUCUGAAUUCUUCAGGCACAUACUUGUUUGCUAAGACCCUUUGGAAUAAAAAACAGGAUUUUUUUUUUUCUAAUUUCAUAUAUUUGUAUUUGGUGUAGAAUAUUUGGAGAUUUCUACUGUAACCAUUGUUUUCUGUGAAGUGACAAAGUGACUGCACUAAAGACAUUUAGGUGAUUUGUCUGAUGGCACUCACAUUUUUUCUGACAGGAUACAAAAGUUACUAACCCAGCGUACAACUAUUGUAAGUCUUCUACGGAUGAGAGGAAUUCUUCUUUCCAUGGAGCAGAUUCACAAGCCAGCCUACAAAAGAGACACAAAGAUCAGCAAGAACAGAAGCCAAGAAGCUUUCAAACAUGUGGAAGUCAGGGCAUUGUAACAUAAAGGUCGCUACGUCAUUCCUCCAAGUCCACCACUGUCGGGAAAGGCAAAGUUGGACAACACUCUAAGAUGUUUAUUUGGACCAGUGGCCGGUCCGCCUCAUCAUACAGACCAGAUGAAAGAAGAAAUUUCUACCAAAAAAUCAAGGACCAUGACCUUCUGGACAAAAGAAAAACUGUGACAGCAUUAAAAGCAGGAGAAGACCGAGCGAUACUCCUGGGGCUUACAAUGAUGGUCUGUUCCAUCAUGAUGUAUUUUCUCCUGGGGAUAACCCUUCUUCGAUCAUACAUGCAGAGUGUAUGGACAGAAGAAGCCCAAUGCACAUUACUGAAUGCUUCUAUCACAGAAACUUUCAACUGCUCAUUUAGUUGUGGUCCGGACUGCUGGAAAAUCUCUCAGUAUCCCUGUUUGCAGGUCCAUGUAAACUUGACCUUUUCAGGACAGAAAGUUCUCUUGUACCACAAUGAGGACACACUGAAAGUAAAUUCUGAGUGCUCAUAUAUACCGAAGUGUGGGAAAAAUUAUGAAGACUCUAUGUCACUUGUCAAUAUUAUAAUGGAGAAUUUUCGAAAACAUCAACGUUUUUCAUGUUUCUAUGACCCAGAAGGAAAUCAAAAAAAUGUCAUUUUGACCAAACUCUACAGUUCCAAUGUAUUAUUUCAUUCAUUAUUUUGGCCAACGUGUAUGAUGAUUGGUGGAAUUGCCAUUGUAGCUAUGGUGAAGCUCACUCAAUAUCUCUCCCUUCUGUGCGAGAGAAUCCAAAGGAUCAACAGAUAAAACAAGUUCUGAUGUUACUUUACAACAAAAUACUGUUUUCUUUCAUUCUUCACCAAAGAACCUUAAGUUUGUAAUGUGCCAGUCUGUUUAUAAGUUCCUUAAUAUAUUCUUAUAAGUAGAGCAAUAAUGCAAAAUCUGUUCUAUAUGCAAAUAUGUCACGAUGGAAAAAAAGAAACUGUGGUAAUUUCUUUUUGUUUGUUUUUUCCAGUUUUUUUUUAUUUACAGUCUAAACAGGGCUUAUUUAAGGGGGAAUUAUCACGAAACAGACGCCUCCUGUUAGCAAUAGCAAGGAUCCGAGUGCUGCAUCUGAGGACAUAGGUUUGGAUCACCAUCGUGACCAUUGCAACCAUCGGUCGUGAUUCGCAUUGGUUACAGGCACCAGCCAGUCUGCGCAAGCUGAAGCUUACUCAGGCUGGUCGUAGGAUCCGGACACCUGGGUCCAGGAAACCGGCAUCUGACGAGACAGACCCUGGACCCAUCAUACCUUCAAAGCGAGGGCAACACACCCCAUUUUGAAGAACGAUGCCAACUGCCAUCCCCUCUCUGCCCCCAAAUGCUGCAGCAUGUCAAUCAUGCUGCGACUGAGCAACAUCGCAAGACCUGAUCUGCACAUGUGCGGAAUGGGUAAUAGACCAGCACAGACACCCAAACAUCGUAUUUGUACGCAAACCAUCGGGUUUGCAUACAAAUAUGAGUGAGGCCCAUAGCAUUAGAUGGCAAACAUAGGAGAGCUGUUUAUAUAUAUAUUAUAUGUUCUAAAUAUUUAAUUUAUAAAUAUAAUAGCCUGCACAAUACAGGAGACAGUUUCUGGUCCUUUUAAAACACAGGCAGACUUGCCAGGCAUAUUCUGAUUCUGAUGUCGUACACACUAUUACAUCCCCCCACAUACACACAAACACCCCACACCCCUUGCGCAUUUUUUUUUUUUUUUUUACAGUUUUUUUACUGUACCGGGUUUAGGGGUGAAAAGUGCUAAAUUUAGUUUACGAUUUAUGGUCGACAGUUAUUGUUUAGUUUUACGUUUAAGAACAUUUUAACCUUUUUUUUCUAAUAUUUAGGAAAUCUGUGAAUAAUGCAAUUUAUAAUUAUAUCCCUGAAGUAUUUAUAAAUUACAUUAAAUAUUUUUUUAAGAAAACAGUUCUGAACAAUUUAUUGUGUAUUGUAUUUAAAGGCUGUUUCCACCUUCAGAGAAUUUUACUAUCCAGGUCCCCCUGAUGCUGGGUGCACACUAUGCAAUUUUAUCGUCCAUUCAGCCGACGAACGAUUUAUUGCAUACUGUACAGUGUGUGUACAGAAGAUAUGUCUGUGGACGACAUAUCAAGUCAGCCCUACUGUACAGCCAAUGGCAAUAUAUCUAGCAGAUAUAUCUUCUUAGCUACAAGUUCAUACAAGGGAACCACCGGCCAGCCUAUUAGACUUUUGCAGAAGCUGCUAACAGUGACAUCACAACUGGGGUGGGCAUUUACAUGCCUUUAAAUGCCCACCCACUUUUGAUAUCUGCCCAAAUAUAUCAAGCUGCUGAUUGGUAAGUGUGCAUAGCUUACCAAAUUGGCAGCUUUGUUGGCGCGACUGGCUGUUUGCAGAUAACUUUUAGGUGUGUAACCAGCUUAAGGCGGAUCGGACCAUGCCGAUAUCGCUCACAACGGAGCAUAUCAGGCAAUGUGUAUGCCCGAUAUGCAGGUGCCUGCAGUCAAUGACGACGUCGUCAGGUUUUAUGUGCUGAUGAUAUUGCUAUCAUCCUGGAGUAUGCUAAUUAAAGAUGGAACAUGAUUGUUCUGUCCUUUAUUGACAUUGUUCCAAUGUGUAUGGACAAUCUGGGCUGACGGCAUUCAUUCUGAUGUUGAAUGUUGGCCCGUUGCUCAAGUGUGUACCCAGCUUUAGAUACAGCUAUAGAUCAGCUGUGUAUCUGCAACUUUAUCAUGCUUUUAUUGUAUCCUAGGCCCUAAAACAAUAAAAACCUGCCAAUCUGCUAUCUUACAAAAAAAUUUUGAAGGAGGAAUUUCCCUUUAAAUCACCCAACGUAUUCUCCUUCUAUGAUUUCUGCCUCAUUCUCCAAUUUUCUGACUUCUAUUAUACAACUUUAUUAAGGUGGGGUGGGGGAGGGGGGUCUUGCAACAAUCUUUGGCUGCCAGUAGCUAUAGUAACUUUCUGCUUUCUGUAAGUAGUAGAGGGGUAAUCUGUUCAGGGAGGAAGACAUAUGCAUGUAGUUGAUGUGUAGCCAUGGCCAAUAAUAUGCAAUUAUACAAGAAACAUUUACAUUUGUGUAUUUCAUGUUUAACCCUGAAAUUUACCACAAUUUUAGUACAAUAACCUUUAUUUGGCAAAUUCACUGAUAAUUCCCCCUUAAAUGCACUAUAAAUCAUGUUUUACAGGCAAGAGGUUGAGGCUGUUCUUGUUGUAAAACAAGCUUUUGUAUACCUUAUUGUUGCAGGAAAACAAAGGACUGUCGAUUCAUUUAUUCUUUUCAUUCAUUUAGAGUGCUUCCAAAUGACUCUGCUGGAAGGGUCACAGUUGCAUAUCUCAAUGUGGGAUAACACUUUUUCUUUUAUAUCAUUCUAGUCCAUGUUAAAUGGGAAAUUUAAUUUCUAGGCUGCAUGGGUAAGUUUAAACUGCAUUGGCGGACGUGUGAUCCACUGGAAGAGAAUGCCACCUGCCACCGUCUCUUGCAGCUGUGAGAAUAGAUGGCAGCAUGCCAUGAUUACGUCUACCAGUUGCAGAAGGGUGGAGUCCCAGCAUGGGCCAGCUGUCCAGCUUGUCACAUAAGCUUGUGGUCUGUGAUCACAUGGGAGAAUUCAAGGGUAUCAUUUAGUUACGUAACCCAGCCCUUAUUAUCUCUUUGCCCCUCCUCAAGAAUAGUGAGUUAUUUAUGUAGUGAAUAAAGUUGCCACAAUGACGGUAGUGAGGUUCACCAGGCUUUUUAUUUUUAUUAUUGCUACUACAUCUGCACUGUUUAUAAGGAACUAUGGUUCAAGGAAUAAGCAUCCAUGAUAUCUGGUGAUGCUUAUUCCUUUGAAGGACUGCACAUUGCAAUGCUUUACAAUAUGAUGUAUGUAUAUUAUACUACUGCCUUCAUUAGAUUCCAUAUAGGAGUUGAAGCUUAUAGGAUUUCAGGUCCUCACAGACCUUUACAAUGUGCCAUAAUACUAUACUGAUCCUAUGGCUCAUACGAGACUGUAAUGAUCUUGUGCUUAAUUAUUCUAAUUUAUUUUUCUGCACAGCUGUUUACAAAUAAAAAGAAAAGCCAGAUCUACUCAAGGAGAAAAUAUUACGUUUUCUCCCACACAGUGCCAGACACCAGACAGAAUAAAAGUCCUAUUAACCCUUCAGCCUGAUAGAGAUUUAUUAUAACCCAGUCAAAUUUGCUUUAGUAAAAGUUCCACUGUCAACUUCAAAGCAUAAAAAUUCUGCCCACUUCCACGAUUAUGUGCCUAAAUAAUUCAGGACCAAUAAUAACUGCGACACAUUGAUUUGUAGUGUGUUUUUGGCUAUUUUUAGCUGAAAUUUGUUAUUGGCACAAGAAUUUGUGAAGAGAAACAAGCUAAUGGAAUAGUGUAUGUUUGCUUGAAAUCUAGGACUGCAUAUUUGCACAAUUUACGGAAUAAUCCAUUGAGGUGCAGAAUUCUUAUACUAAAAAAAGAAAUCAAUCAACCCAAUCUAUUAUGUUUGCAAUGUCACUUGAUAGUUCUCUCCUUUUUUGUUUUGCACUAAAAACUUUAUUGAAUAAUUGCUACAGUAUAACUUGAAUAUGUUGUUGGUCGUGUCAAAUAGACUAUUGUCAGCAGUUGUGAUAAAAACUACUGCCAUUUUUACAAUACAGUACAUAGGGGGAAAUAGACUUAACAUUGGAGAGAGAUAAAGUGGAGAGAGAUAAUAUACCAGCCAAUCAGCUCCUAAUUGUCAUGUUAUAGCCUGAGUUUGAAAAAUAAGAGGAGCGGAUUGGUUGGUAUUUUAUCUCCAUCCACUUUAUCACUCUCCAAUGCUUAGUACAUCUGCCCCGUAGUUUCUUGUUGUUUUAUAGCACUGGGCAAUUUCUUGCCUUGUGUGUUUCACCCAUUGCACAUUUUUAUUAACAGACAUAUGAUGGCAAUAUGAUUUCUCUGUAGGGGUCUAUUUUAAAGCUUUGGAUGGAGAUAAAGUGGAGAGAGAUAAAGUACCAGUCAAUCAACUCCUAAUGGCCAUGCCACAGGCUGGGUUUGAAAAAUGCCAGUUAGGAGCUGGUUGGUUGGUACUUUGGGGUACAUUUACUAAGCAGUGAUAAGAGCGGAAAAGUGAGCCAGUGGAGAUAUUUCCCCAUCAACCAAUCAGCAGCUCUGUAUCAUUUUAUAGUAUGCAAAUUAUAGAUGUUACUUUAGUGCUGAUUGGUUGCCAUGGGCAACUUCUCCACUGGCUCACUUCUCCGCUCUUAUCACUGCUUAGUAAAUGUACCCCUUAGUCUCCGUCCACUUUAUCUCCAUCCAAGGCUUAGUAAAUAGACCCCUAUAUAUCUGCCAAUCACGUUAAGAUUUUUCUUAAAUUGACCUAAAUGUUUUAAUGAACACUGCCAACAACAUAUCACAGUGCUAUAGGCAGACUUAAGACAAGCUCUAAAAGGUAAAUGGACUAUACUGCAUUACAUAACUCUUUAUUCAAUAAUUGAUAUAUAUUUUGUAUUGUUUAUGGUUUAUUACAGCUGUAGCCAAAAAUGCUUAGGUUAUAUUGAGUCCUUUGUGUUAUGAUGGGACCAGAAUGGUUUCUGAAACGUUUCUGAGUUGUAUGGAGGAGAUCUGUAGGUAACUCUGAAAUGGUCAAUUGGCGAUUGUCGUGUACUGCUACCAUAUCACUGUAAAGAAAAAACACUGUCAGCUAUUUUAUUAUUUUUUACUUGCGACUAUUUAAUAUUUUUUACUGGAUAAAAAGAUAUAGUAUAUAUAGUGUACUGUAACAAUCAAUGUGUUUGUUUAAAAAAAUGCAUAAAUCUGAAUAAAAAGGAAGGUUAUAUGGUUAUUUUCACAUAGACUCAUCAUGAGCAAGUUUGCAUUGUUCAUCAUAUCUCUAAAAAAGUAUUUGCCAGUAACUGAAUUUCAGAAGAAUUCACAGUAAGUAUAUAACCACUUACAUUUCAAUUCAAGAUUCCUCUUCAUUUGCUGAUUUCAUUAUAUAUAUGUAUAUAUAUAUAUAUAUAUAUAUAUAUAUAUAUAUAAUCUUAAUAAUAUAGCCUAUAGCUAGUGGUACGACCUAGCUGUGUAGGUGGACAAUCGAAUCAAGGUCAAUAUUGUUGUGACAAGUGAUUGAAAAUUGUGUCCGCAUUGCUACAUUGAACUGUUGCAUAGUAAGAGAACAUCAUUUACAGAUAUCAAGUUCUUAACUUUCUUCAUAUGUGAUUAAUGACCAGUGUGAAUUUGUAAUAAGUGAGAUGACAUGAUGUAAAAAUCAGUUUAAAGUCAAAUUCAAAUAUAAUAAAUGUGGGGAUGCCCCAAGAGACUGAACAAUUCUAGCCACAAAUCCCUACAUCUCUUUUUAUAUAUCCAUUAUUUUUCAUAGACAAUCUGGAGGAUUUUUUAGCCACUUUAAGGUGUUGGAGCAAUCUCUUUGAUCUGAAGGAGAUUUAUUGCACUUAAAAUGAAGUAUCUUGAAAAUUGUAUAGAUGCUGGACAUUGCCAAGUGGAACUGCGAUUUCUCUGCAUUAUUUUACACGCUGGAAGAAUGAUCUGGGUUCUGCAAAGUUGGGACUAUAGCACAAUGGAUGGCUUCUACAUUUUAUUUAGCAAGACAAUACCCGAGAUGUAAUCAGGGCUUAAAAACAUGUAUUUAAAAUUUAGAAAUGUCAUCAAUAAACCCUCUAUACAUUUUG